AGGGUUCUGCAAACAGCCCAGAGCCGCAGUGUGAAGGUAGUUGGGAGGACUCCUCAUUCCAUUCUGCUCAUCCAGCACAGCAUAGUCCCUCUAGAUCCCUGCUCCAGAUCAUCCAGUGCCUGCUGAGAAAGCCCCAGGGAGGACAUUUGCUGAGUGUAGAGAAGAGCUCCAACUUCCCAGCAAUGUGCAGAGGAGAGUCGGACGAGGGAGGGAAGAGAGCAGCUGCUGGGAAGAGGCAUUGAGUCUUGCUGGCUCUUUAAACUCUGCCGGCAAUGGAAGGGAGAGGGAGGUUGUGUGUAUAUGUGUGGCUGAUAAUGAGCUACAAGUGGCAGAGGAGAGUCCAAUAAGCCUUCACAGCACCUCCCAGAGAAAAAAAAAAAAAAAAGUCAAUUUGCACAGGACAGGGAUGUAUAUAAAGCCCAACAAGAGCUGAUGUUGCCUGUUUGCAGACAGGUAGUGAAGCAACAAUGACUGCGGCGCUGGGACACGGCGCAGCCUGAACAUCUGGAUUUUGUGGAUGCAGAAGAAGCUGUGACUAUUGGCUGAGGGGACGCCUGCCUGCGCUCCAUCCUUAUGGGCAUCUUUUAUUUCACUAUUUUUCCACCAGUUCCUUUCCUCCAGUAUAUUUCUAGAUCCCCUUUUUUUAUGGUGGAUACAUUUUAUUCUUCUUUAGCUGCACAAUUUACCCCCCUCCUUUCGCCCUUUUCUCCAUAAAGUCUAUUAUUUCCAGUCUCUGGACGGCUUGUAGCUGAGUCACCAUGCAAGCACAGCUGGCUGUCACCUCUCUGCUUACUCUGGAUCUGCUUUUUCUCUCCCCCUCUUUGUAUGCUUGGUCAGAUAAGGUCAUGGUUACCCCCAAAAAGCUGGAUCCUGACAUCAAUGGAAGACAGUAUUAUAAAGAAGGCCAUGAACAGGUUAAGGACAGAGGAGUUAUAUACCAGAUCUCAGCUUUUCAGGAGGAUUUUUAUUUGAACUUAAGUCCUGAUUCUCAAUUCAUUGCCCCGGCUUUUUCGGUGGAUUUCCCUGGCGCUGUCCCCAAACCGUCGCCGAGCCUGAGACACUGCUUCUACUCUGGAGACGUCAAUUCAGAUCGGGAUUCUUUUGCUGCUCUUAGCCUUUGUGGGGGACUUCGGGGGGCUUUUGGCUAUCAAGGGGUGGAAUAUUUCAUCAGUCCGUUAAAGAACGGCACGUGGGAUCAGUUACAGGUUGGCCAGCAGGGGCCGCAUCUCCUGCAGCGCAGGAAAGCACUGUCGCAGUCAGCAGACACUACGUCAAGGUGUGGGGUCAGCUCUGGUUUGAACCAUGGCGUUAUGGAAGCUCUUCAAAAAUACAAACGUUCCAAACAUGGCAAACGCCAUACCAAUGGCACAAGAAGAGGAGGUCAGAGGUCCCGACGCUUUGCCUCUAUCACCAGGUAUGUGGAGACACUGAUCGUGGCAGAUGAGACCAUGCUUAAGUUCCACGGAGAUGACCUUCAGCACUAUCUACUCACUUUAAUGGCCACAGCCGCUCGCCUGUAUCGCCACCCCAGCAUCCAAAAUCCCAUCAACAUAGCCGUGGUAAAGUUCAUGGUCCUGACAGACGAUGGAAAAGGACCCAAAGUUACCACCAACGCUGCCAUGACACUGAGGAGCUUCUGUGGCUGGCAGAAGAAAUGGAACAAAGUGAGUGACAAGCACCCCGAAUACUGGGACACCGCCAUCCUCUUCACCAAAACGGACCUGUGCGGAGCCUCUACCUGCGACACUCUAGGCAUGGCGGAUGUGGGCACCAUGUGCGAUCCGAAACGCAGCUGCUCAGUGAUCGAGGACGAUGGGCUGCCAUCCGCCUUCACCACGGCGCAUGAGCUGGGACACGUCUUCAAUAUGCCACAUGACAACGUCAAGGCCUGCGAGGAGGUGUUCGGAAAACUCAAGGAGAAUCAUAUGAUGUCACCCACAUUGAUCCAGAUUGACCGAGCCAAGCCCUGGUCAGGGUGCAGCGCCGCCAUCAUCACUGACUUCUUAGACAGCGGGCACGGUGAAUGUCUCCUGGACGAACCGGCGAAGCCUAUCUCCCUUCCUGAUGAGCUCUCCGGAGUGCGCUACAGCCUGAACCGACAAUGCGAGUUGGCGUUUGGCCUGGGAUCCAAGCCUUGCCCUUACAUGCAAUAUUGUACCAAGCUUUGGUGUACGGGCAGAGCGAGGGGGCAGCUGGUGUGCCAGACGCGCCACUUUCCCUGGGCUGACGGUACCACCUGUGGUGAGGGAAGGUUCUGCCUGAAUGGAGAGUGUGUGGAGAAACACAACACCAGCCGAUAUAAGGUGGAUGGGUCUUGGGGGAAGUGGAGCCCAUAUGGACAGUGCUCCCGGAAAUGUGGUGGAGGGGUUCAGCUGGCAAAGAGAGAAUGUAACAACCCAGAACCAUCCCACGGAGGGGUCUUCUGUGAGGGUCUAAGGGUCAAAUACAGAUCCUGCUCAUUGAAUCCCUGUCCUGAUACAGAUAAAGGUUUCCGGGAAGAGCAAUGUGAAGCUUUCAAUGGUUACAACCACAGUACCAAUCGACUGACAUCCACGGUAGGCUGGGUCCCCAAAUACUCCGGAGUGUCCCCAAGAGACAAGUGCAAGCUCAUCUGCAGAGCCAAUGGCACCGGCUACUUCUAUGUCCUGGCACCCAAGGUAGUAGAUGGGACGGCAUGCGCACCGGACUCCACAUCAGUCUGUGUACAGGGAAAGUGUAUUAAAGCUGGCUGUGAUGGGCAGCUUGGCUCCAAGAAGAAAUUCGACAAAUGCAGAGUGUGCGGAGGGGACAAUAAAAGCUGCAAGAAGGUGUCCGGUCUCUUCACUAAACCCAUACACGGUUACAACUUUGUGGUCACUGUUCCGGCUGGCGCCAGCAACUUGGACGUGAGGCAACGUGGGUAUAAAGGCCUAAUCAGUGAUGACAACUACUUAGCAGUGAAGAACUCCCAGGGUCGUUACCUGCUGAAUGGGAAUUACAUUGUGUCUGCGGUGGAGCGUGACAUUCCGAUACGUGGCAGCCUGCUGAAGUACAGCGGUACUGGGACUGCAGUGGAGGCCUUACAGGCAAUCAACAACAUACAAGAGCCAUUGACCAUAGAGGUAUUGUGUGUUGGAAAAAUGACCCCUCCACGUCUCCGGUACACCUUCUACAUUCCCAGAGAAAAGAAGGACAAUUCUGCUGGACAAAUAAUAAGUAACAGCCUGGCUGCUCUGCCCCCUCCCCCUCCAAGGCCCAAACCGCAGUCUCAGUGGUCGAGCAGCAACUGGGGAGAAUGUUCAGUCACCUGUGGCAACGGGCAGCAGACUCGAAUAGUGGAAUGUCGCGACCCCUGGGAACAUCUGGCAUCUGACUGCCCAGCCUCUCUCCGGCCACCAGUGGUAAGGACCUGCGGUGACCCGUGCCCCAUGUGGGAGGCUGGAGAAUGGACAAGCUGUUCAAAAGCCUGCGGCAGGGGGUUCAAGAGACGGCAGCUGAGGUGCAGUGCAGGCGGAGGAGUAACUUUACCUAGAGAGCACUGUAAGUUAAAGAGAAAACCUCAGGAGCUGGACUUUUGUAUGGUCCGACCAUGUUAAUGCAGGGGGGACCAAAAAAAACUGUUGACAAAUUUAGAACUUCCUCCAGGCCCGGAGUGGAGGGGAUGUGCCAAAAUAAACCCAUCACCCAAAUACCCGGGGCACCACGUCCAAUGACCAAAGAAUCUACUGUUACAUUCUGAUGGUAACGGCAGUAAUAGUGAACAAAGGGACAUUGAAGUCUAAUUGCUUUGCACUUUCUCUUCGUGGGUCUAUGUCCGUUGUGUCCGUUUUCCAUGUUGGCGGGUCUAGCGUUCCUUCUAGGAUGCAGACUGCAUUGUAGAAAUGGAUUUUCCUAAAGAGUUUCAGACCAGAGCUCUUUCUAAAGACACUAGUGAGAAAAGUUUUCUCAAAUUUUUACAUUUUUGUAAGAAGUGUUCUAAAGACAAAGUGUUCAUCUUACCCCUUAUUAAUGGAUCAGAUUAUGUGAUUGAUUUUUAAAUCUGGACUUUAAAAAUAAGACAUGGAACUCUUGCACUGGGGCCACGGGAAUACUUUUUCUUAGAACAGUUUUCAUAUAUAAGAGUCUUAAUAUUUUGUCACUGGAAUGAUCCAACAUACAGGCUCAAGUGUCUUGUAUCCUAAAGGCUCUUUUUCUGAUAGCUCCGUCAGGAUCUUGUGUAAUGUGCAGAUCUGGGACCUCAUACACAAUAUACAGUCAACCCAGUAUAAUAGAACAUGAUGUUAUAAUGGUGCAGCUAUUAUUUCCAUGGCAGGAUUAGAUGGUCAGAAAGCUGGUAAACAGGAGGAUUCUCCAGAGCCCUGGAAACAUUUAGGGGCCUAUUUAGAAAGAUCCACAAAAUUAUCUUUUCUCAUUUUCCGCCCUUUUAUCUGUUUUACUGCCAAAUUCCAGCUGAUUUUCCCCCCAGUUCUUAAAGUCCGACAUGGGAAGUUAUAUGGAAGUGCAAUGCAAAACCUUUUUAGAUAAAAAAAAAAAA